AUGGCUUUGAGCUGCGAAUCCGGCGUAUGGAGAGGAGUAGCCGGUAGGUGCGCCGCUGCGGCUUUACGCCUUCUAGCAGCGUUGCUGCUGUGCCGCUGCUGUCUUCUACCGCUUGCCGCCGGCACGCUCGACGUGGACAAAAACGUCGGCGCUCCCAAGGAGCUAACCAUCGUGUCUGCCACCGAGUAUGACCGCGAAGAGUUGCAGAAGCUCACCGAAUUCCGGCAGCGCCACCGGAAAACCGUGGACGGCAUGCUCUGCGCUGCCGCGUUUGUGCGCAAUGGGAAAACGUUCACCGACUGCACGACUUCUGAGGCUCCCGACGGCUCUGUUGGCAGGGAGUGGUGUUACGUCGAGGUGCAGCUGGUCGGCGUAGGCUUUCGCGACUGGGACUUCUGCGCCGGAGUAGUUGACUAUGACGUACUGCGGUCGAAAGCCACGCUGCUGUCACAGUUGAAGGCCUCGGAGCUCGCCCAUUCGGUGCUGCAGCUGUCAUCGGAGGAGAGCCGUCUCACGAGAACGCUAUCGCACUUCCACGAAGUAUGUGGCCGCGGUGCUGAGUCGCACGAGAUCGAGCUGCACGAGUUAUCGCAUGCACUGCAUGGUUUGGAGCGUGCCCUUCAGCAGGUGAAGGCCAAUUCGCGAACACUGCAGACCCUGACCGAGCAGCACGAGGCGCUGGAAGAGCGCCUUGCUAUUGCGAGGAAGAACGCUCUCAACGACAAGCGGAACUGCGCCUUCGUUCAGGGUUACACUCCCGCGGCUGUCGGCGACGGUAUCCGAGCCAGCUAUUUCGACAACCCGUACUUCAGGGGCCCGCCCGUCGGAUUUUUCGACCAUCCACACCUCGCCGUGACAUUCGACGAGGUGCUGCCAGUGGGCGGGGUUGACAUAAGAUCGUUCUCCGUGCGUUUCGAGGGCUACUUGCGGGCGCCAGUUUCCGACACGUAUACAAUCUGGGUUGAUGCGGACUGCAAUUUCCGGCUGUUUAUCGACGGCGAGCUCGUUGUUGAGCAUGGUCUGGAGGGCCACGCAAAGUUCACGGCGGCGUUCAGCCCCGUUGGGGUGGUUGCGCUCGACGGUCGCUCGACAUCGUCGUCGCACCUCGCGUCGCGGAAGUUGCUUCUGGACGGCGGGAAGCGCUACCCGAUUGUCCUGGAGUAUUCCCACCAGAGCGUCCUGAAAUACCGCGAUGAGAAGGUCGCCAGGAUCUCCGUGAGCUGGGGCACGGCCACCCGUCCUCAGGCCGUGAUUGGUGGCGAACACUUCUUCCGCAGUCGCGAGUCCGGCGAGGCCUUGGUGAUAAGCGGGAUUGAAGCUAGACUAUUCGACCUGGCUAUGCUGGAGAACGGCGCGCAGGCGUUCCUUCACGUCACUAACCUGGUGGUGGCCGAUGUCCCGGACCGGUUCCGCGGUGCGCGCAUGAUACGCACCGUUCUGAGGCCGGAUUUCGACAGCGUCACUUUCCACAUAUCGCACGACGCCGUGGUUUAUGUUGCGUUAUCUGCCCACGCCUCCUUCAUCCCGACAAACGCGGAGGACGCGUCGUUGUUCGAGCGAAGCAGCGAAGUAAUUUCGGUCUACGGCGUCGGUGACAACUGUGAGGAGGCCCUGAGCCAGCAGGAGUUCGUGGUCUACUACCGGCGGGUCAAGGCCGGUGUCGUGAAGCUGCAGCUCCUGGCUGAAACGUCCUUCUUUAUUUUCCUGCAACCCACAAUGGCGAACAUCGUGUGCCAGGACGAUUUGGAGUUCCUGCCCUUCAAGAACGGCGACCAGUGCGCAGCGUCUUCAUCGUCCUCUGCCGCAUUCGACUGCACCAAAGGUUUUGGAGGUGGCCACUGGCGGUCCGGGUCCAGCCGCUCGUCAGCUCAAUGGCUGACGCGCACGUUUGCGAACCCGGUGGAAUUGUCGUAUUUCCACUUCUCGGCGUUGGAUGGCAGUGGGCCCAUGCGUGCACGUGUGGUGUUCCCCGACGGCGCCGCCGAAGAGUUCGAGCUGCAGUCCCAGCUCCGCUACGACUUAGGCUACCACGGCGUGAUCGACUCGCUGCGUAUCGAGAUAGAAUCUGCAAACACCGGCGACUCGGUCGAAGCAGGCGAGUCUGACUGGACCCUCGGCGGCACCUUCGCUCUUUACGGGCGGCAAUGCGGAUCGAAGACCGUGGUGGAGGACGCAAUUCGGUUUCCCAUUCACAUCGAUUUCUGCCAGGCCAAUGAAUCCUGCGGGUCGCAGUACGUGGACCUGGGCCAUGCCAAGGGUGCGCACGGCAGGUUAUCGUACGGAUGGGGCGCCACCAAUAUCAUCACUGCUCUCGGUGAUGUCCCGUUCUGCACGUCUCGGUACCACACAGCGACUGCGGAAGGCGGUAUCGAUUCCAGCAGCCAAACUGCCUUUGGGCGCAUGCUCAAGGGUCGUUCGGGUUUGCCUCUGGGCAGUGGGCAGUGGUGGACGUUGGACGUCCCUGAACACGGCGUCUAUAUCGUGGAAGUGCUGCUGGCCGCCCUCUGUACCCACGUACAAUCCGCCUCGCUGCAGUUGAACGGCGUCGAGGUGCUAGAGGUGAGUGCGGUAUCAUACGCCUAA